GAUAUGAAUGAGCAUUAUCAAGCCAGCCUCCUUCAUUCACCAGUGAUUUUACAAAGUGAGUAAAGGAGAUUGCGGUGUUUCAGUAUAAGGUUGCUGAACUGCGUACUUUUUAACAUCUCUCAGUGAAAUUUAAAUCAUGAAGGUUACAGACAGUAAUGUGAUUCGGUUUCACCUUCAAGUUAUUUAUGGGAUAACUGUGAAGAGCUCUGAGAAGAAAAAGGAGAGACUGUUCAUCGGUGGUACAAAGAUCUUCGGUGUUCCACUGGAGAUUUUACCCAGGCAAUACAUUCCUGUGUUUGGACUGGUACCCUGCUUUUUGGUGGAUGCGUGUUCAUUUCUUCUGGAGCGUGCUGGGACUGUAGGCCUGUUCAGAAAACCAGGCUCUCUUCCUCGCAUUAAGACCCUCAGGGCCAAGCUGAAUAGAGGAGAAGGGUGUCUGUCCGCAACCCUCCCUUACGAUGUUGCAACGCUCAUCAAACAGUUUUGCAGGGAGCUGCCAGAGCCUUUGUUCCCCCCUGAGCUCCACGCAGCAUUGCUCAAAGCCCAGUCACUGUCCAACCUGCAGGACAGAACUUCAGCCCUCCAGCUGCUGUCCUGUUUGCUACCUGCCAGAAACUCCUCCUGUCUGCAUUACCUGUUUGACUUCCUCUCCGCAGUCUCCCAGAGAUGCCCCGAAAACUUGAUGACCAGCUCCAACCUCGCUAUCGUCUUUGCUCCUUGUCUUUUACCGCCUCCCAACAAGGCAGAGAUGUCUGAAGGGCGACUGGAACUCAGAGUUCUCGUCCUACGCACGUUCAUUGAUAAGCCUCACUUAUUCGGUGUGAUUCCUAAAGCUGUAAUGGACAGUAUGGAGUUCCUGAUGAAUUUCCAUUUUCUGAAAGAUACAAAGCAAGGACACAGAAAAAGACACGGUUUUAAAGUGACACGGUCUGUGAAGACGAUGCCCUGGGUUCAAGCGAGGUCGAAGGUCAAGCCUCCGGCCUCUGAGCAGAGCCAAGAGUUCACCUCAGGAGACAGACCAUCACUCAGGAGAAGCCUCGGCCUCGAGACUUUCCCCAAUGUCCUGCUGUUUAGGACCUGUAUGCCUCAUGCAGAACACGAUUUCAGUCCUGCAACGACUUUGUUGGACAGCAGCAGCCCCGUUGGCAAAGAAGCAUGCAAGACCCUGCAGGAGAGACUAAAAAGAGAUCUGCGUUUGGUUCAUUUCCCGAGGUUCACCAGAGGACAAGAUGCACACAGCUCUCCUGUGCUCACUGGUGUCGGGAGACUACAGCUCACACCUAGGAGAAAGUGCUUUUCACUGUAAACUUUUAAUAAGAAGUUGUCAUGUAGGCUAUGCCCCAAUUUACUGCAGCAUUUAAGGUUAUGUCUGAUGAACGGAUUUAUAUUUAUAAGGUGGUUUAAUGUCUUAAAUCAGUUCUUAAGUUAAGUUUUAACAUUCUACAUUUUAAUGAAUUUAUGUAUUUGACUAUUUAUUUCACACCAAGAAUGCGUUCACCAUACUUUAUAUCAAGUGAAUAAAUUUAUUUUUUCAAAAGAAA